UAAUCAGGGAUCUGGAGCGGCUGGAGAGGAAGAGGGAUAAUCUGAGGCUGCUCGAGGAGCAGAGGACUCUGACCACACAGCUGGAAGAGGAGAGGCAACGCAGACAGACGGAGCUGCACCCACAGGAGCACUGAGACAGAGGAUCUCGGGUUGAAUAUCUGCAGGACUCCCUGAUCCUUUACUCUCCAGGUGUUCAGUGAUGGACAGCAGCGGCGAGCAGCUGGGCGGAGGGGAGGACGAGGCAGCCUGUACGUCAGCCUCAGAGGGUCUGGAGGAGGGGGAGGUGGAGGGGGAGACUCUGCUGAUCGUGGAGUCGGAGGACCAGGGGUCAGUGGAUCUGUCACAUGACCAGAGCGGAGACUCGCUGACCAGCGACGUGGGCGAGGAGGCCGACGGAGGCUGGGCCUGCGAGGACAUGUCCUUCUACUGCGACCGCUGCCACAAGUGGCUCCCUGCAGCUCAGCUCAGAGGAGAGCAGCCCAGCUACCUGAAAGGAGACAACUUCUUUAAAUUCAUCUGCUCCGACUGCUCCGAGGACGGCAAGGAGAGCUUUGAGAGGAUGAGGCUCACCUGGCAGCAGGUGGUGAUGUUGGCCAUGUACAACCUGUCUCUGGAGGGGACGGGCCGACAGGGUUACUUCAGGUGGAAAGAGGACAUCUGCGCUUUCAUUGGCCGACACUGGAACUUCCUGCUGGGAACAAGGAAGAAGACUUCGACGUGGUGGAGCACGGUGGCCGGCUGCCUGUCGGUCGGCAGUCCCACCUUCUUCCGCUCUGGAGCGCAAGAGUUCGGGGAGCCCGGCUGGUGGAAGCUCGUCCAGAACAGACCGCCGACUCUGCGGCCAGAGACAGACAAAUCCACUCCCAAGACUAAAGCCUCGAAGCCUGCCUUGGACCCGAUCAUCACGGUGGAGGGCCUGAGGAAGCGAGGAGCCCGAAACCCUGUGGAGAACGCCAUCCAGCUGAAGGAGAAGCGCUGUCGCACACAAGAGGCCAAAGACAUCCGCCGUGCUCAGAAGGAGGCGGUGGGCUACACCGACCGAAGCGCUUCCUCCACGCCGGUCAAACUGGGCGGAGGCCGCAGUGGUAGCGCCGGGCGUCGGCCCGAUCUCGUCCUGGAGAAAGGAGAGGUCAUUGAUUUCUCCUCCCUCAGCUCCUCAGACCGAACACCACUCACCAGCCCAUCACCAUCGCCUUCACCUGAUUUCUCCGCCCCGGGGACGCCAGCGUCUCAUUCAGCAACACCCAGCCUGCUGUCAGAGGCGGAUCUCAUCCCCGACGCCAUGCCUCCACAGGCGCUGUUCCAUGACGAUGAGGAGAUGGAGACGGAGGGUAUGAUCGACCCAGGGAUGGAGUACAUCCCUCCUCCUCGCGCCAACCUUAUCGCCCGCAAGAAGCUCAGGCCAGCACCACCACACAUCAAAUGUGAAGCAGAGAGCGAGGACGAUGAUGGCCGCGAGCAUGAGGACGACUUUGGAGGGCCAGUGGGACGCCGGGAAGGUCCGUCUCUGUCUGGGUGUGUUGGUGCCGGAGGACCCGAGCGGAGGAGGAUAACGCAUCCUGAGAAAGCAGACGGAGCUGGCGAUGUCUCCCAGACUCCUCUCUUCACCUUCCUCAGUCUUUAUGAGGAGAGGAUGCUGCUGCGGCGGAUGAAUGCCUGCCAACUGGCCUUGGCCGUCACCCCGCAGGCCAAACGCCUCCACAGGAAGCUGCUGGUCCGCCAGGCCAAGAGGCAGAGAGGGCUCCCCCUGCUAGACAUUGACCGGGCGGUUAGUGCUACCCUCAGCCUGGUGGGAGGAAUCUACGGCGCCCAGGGGACGGGGACACUUAUGAGAGGUGGCCUCAUGGGGAAAUACUGCACCAACAGUCAGGAGCUACGUAUUCUUGAUCGCUUCCAGACCAAUCUUUCAGGCAGAAGGGGCAUCCAGCAGAACUCGUUGUCCUUCUGUCAUCGUCUGAUGGGAGCAGAAGGCAGUUUGGACCUGAGCAUCAAGAGUCCAUACACCUCUCGCAUCCUGAAACCGUACAUCAGGCGGGAUUAUGAAAGCCGUCCAGUGAAGCUAAGGUUGUUGGCAGAGAUCAGAGCUUACCAUCACAAGAAGGAGCCUGAGUGGGUCCCUGAACCCAAUGCCCCCAUUGACUACUGCUACGUCCGCCCGAACCACAUCCCGUCUGUGAACGCCAUGUGUAACGACAGCUUCUGGCCAGGUGUGGACCUGUCAGAGUGCCUGCAGUACCCUGACUUCAGCGUGGUCGUCCUAUAUAAGAAGGUCGUCAUCGGUUUUGGUUUCAUGGUGCCUGACGUGAAGUACAACGAGGCCUACAUUUCCUUCCUCCUGGUCCAUCCAGAGUGGAGGAGAGCCGGCAUCGCCACCUUCAUGAUCUACCAUCUUAUCCAGACGUGUAUGGGGAAAGACGUGACGCUGCACGUGUCGGCCAGUAAUCCUGCGAUGCUGCUGUAUCAGAAGUUUGGUUUCAAAGCGGAGGAGUACAUCCUGGACUUUUAUGAUAAAUACUAUCCUGUGGACAGCACCGAGUGCCGGCACUCCUUCUUCCUCAGACUCAGACGCUAAGACUCAGACUCUGGUGUUACUGUCAGUACUGGACAACAACCGGUCUGCAGCUCAAAGACACCUGGACAGUAGCUGCUGAAGGGGGGGGCAGGUCACAGACCACAGUCUGAGAGGGAACAUUUUGGAUCAAGAAAAAACGUUUCUUUUGGAGCGUUUCCUUUUCUCCUACUCCAAUUUCUCUUCAAUUCCACGCCAUGAUGUGUUUAUCUGUGCAAUGUACAGCUGAGGCUGCACUAAUAUUCUUAGUAUUUUAAUAUUAGUAGUUAGACCGUUUCAGACUUUCGUGAUCCAAACAUGUCCAAUAACUGCAGCGUCUAAAGUCCAGAUUUGUUGGUGUUUAGCCUCAAAAACGAUGGAGCGGAUGCUUUGGAGCGGGAACAGUUGGUGCACUCGUGCCCGGCGGCACAAACUGCAAAUCCAGCUGAACUGUUUUUUGGGCUUCAUGUGACAUUUGGUGUUUUCAGAAGAAACUUUGUGACAUUAACUCAGAAACCUGGACUGUGAUGUUGCUCUUCAUAGCAGAAUAAUAAACAUCAUAUCGGGACUUGAACGUUAUAAUAAAGUCUCCGUGAUGUUUUCAGAGUCGCUCACUUCUCCAGUUUCAUUCACUUCGUUUUGUUUAUGUUCAAUUUUUCUUUUGAAUGUUUCAGAGCCAUUAAACCAAAAUGAUUUUAAUUGAAACGUCAGAAA